AUGCGCUAUGGAGGCCCCUUCCGCGGUCUCAAGGUGAAGAAUGCCGAGCAGUUUGGGGCUGUGGGAGCCAUCAUCUAUAGCGAUCCGGGCGACGACGGCAAUAUCACUGCUGCCAAUGGCUAUGAUCACUAUCCCAGUAUGUAGCGCGCUGCCUCCCCCAAGAUCCAGUCGUGGAUUCCGAAUAUCUGACAGGAGAUUUCUCCAUAGAUGGGCCUGCGAGACACCCCAAUUCCGUUCAGAAAGGGUCUACACUCUUCCUCUCGUCUCGGCCUGGAGAUCCUACCACACCUGGAUAUGCGUCGCAUGAGGGCGUGCCGCGAGCGAGUCACGAGGAUGUGGUUCCUGGCAUCCCGAGCCUGCCACUCUCCUUUGCAUCUGCACAGCCCUUGCUGAACGCUCUGAAUGGACAUGGCAGCACUGCCGCCGAGGUCAAUCGCCCUCGCUGGGUAGGCGGCCUCGACGUGGACUACUCGACAGGCCCGGCGCCUGGAGUGACACUCACUAUUACGAACGAGAUGGAGGAGAAGAUUACUCCCAUAUGGAAUGUCAUCGGGUACAUCAAUGGGACUGACCCUGGCGAUACUGUUGUUCUCGGUAAUCACCGUGACACCUGGAUGAUUGGGGGUAAUGGCGACCCGAAUUCCGGCUCUGCAAUCGUCGUCGAGUUCACCAAGGCCGUGAAGAAGCUUGUCGGGUCUGGGUGGAAACCAAAGCGAAAUCUGUACGUACUCCGAUGCCGUGAUGCUGGAGGCGGGUGGCUAAUCAUCUAGCAGUGUCGUAGCAUCAUGGGAUGCUGAGGAGUAUGGACUGAUCGGAUCGACCGAGUGGGUGGAGGAUAAUGCCAACUGGUUGACCGAGACGGCCGUCGCUUAUCUCAACAUCGAUGUUGGAGUCUCUGGUCCCCAUGUUGACCUCUCUGCCACCCCGGAAUUGCACCGGAUUGGCGGUGAGCUUUUCAAGAAGGUCAUUUUCCCCAAUAAGGGUGCGUACAAUGAGACCUUGUACGAUUCGUGGGUACGCGACUAUGAAGGCAUCGCCGGAGUGUUGGGGAGUGGCAGCGAUUACACCUCAUUUUUGCACUACGGUAUCAGUUCUGUAAGUCACUUCUGGAUCCAUACGGAAGAAACUCUCAGAGAUGGGCUUGAUUAACUUGUCUUCACAGCUGGACGUAGGAUCAGGCGGUGGUGCAAAUGAUCCCAUCUGGCAUUACCACAGCAAUUACGACUCCUACCACUGGAUGUCCACGUUUGGUGAUCCCGGCUUUCACCAACACGCGGCGGUUGGGCAGUAUCUCUCACUCUUGACCUUCCACCUCCUUGACGACCAAGUCCUGCCCAUCGAUGUUCAGAAUUACGCCGUAGAACUGCGAGCCUACCGAGAGGACCUGAUCGAGGUCAUCGACCAGUACGGCGCGACGAUUGAUUUGACCGACCUGUCAGACGCCAUUGAAGAAUUCGCUCUUCGGGCAGAAGAGGUGAAAAAGCUGGAAAUUUCCGCUCUCGGGCUACACGAUGAGACCCAGAUCCAGCUCGCCAACAGCAAAUACCGCGACUUCCAGCGCGGAUUCGUCUCACAGGGUGGGCUGCCCGACCGGGAGUUUUUCAGACACGUUGUCAACGCCCCGGGACUUGACACUGGUACGUCGUUACCACGCGGGCUUUGGUGCGACCUUGUGCUAACAGGACUAUCUAGGAUAUGCGGCAGUGACGUUCCCUGGCAUUACCGAGGGGGUACAGUAUGGCAGGCUGGACGAUGCCAAGGCAUGGGUCUCCAAGACGGCGAGCGGCAUUCGACGUGCUGCUGAGAUUCUUCGCGUGUAA